GUCAACUUAUCCGUCUCAUUUUCUUUGACCUUUGACCUUUGAUCUUUGACCCUCACUUCAAUGUCGCCGUCCAUGUCUUGUGCUGUGAGCGAUACUUGAACCUACUUCUUACGACCUCAGCAAGGCCCUUCGAUGCCCGUGCCCUGGAGAAGACGCGUAAAAUGAGCGAAGUUGAGACCACCCCAACCGAUGGGAAAGUGAUCAAGAGAGCGUGCACAGAAUGUCGGCAGCAGAAGGCUCGUUGCGAUGCAUACCUCGAUCCCGACCAGCCGUGUACGAGAUGCCGGAAAAUGAACAGACAGUGCAUCAUCUCCGAGCCUUUCAAACGAGAGCACAAGCGCAAGAGGCUGUCUGAACUCGAGCAUCGGACGGAUGAGCUUCAGGAGCGCCUCAGAUCGUCGAGCCACCAUCCUGAGGCAGCGGCGCCUUUGCCACAAUCCUCGUGGGCAGCUGUUAAUGACCUGCGGACAGCUAACGCCGAGUCCGAAAGUCGUCUGGCCUCGGUCGCGCCGUUCUUUAGAGAUGCAGCAAUCGCGCCAGUCUCGUUUCGAUCCUUCUCUCAGGCGGCCGCCGAAUCACUGCAGACUCCGGAAAGUCUCGCCCAUGACUAUCAGCCUUCAGGCACCCUGCCAAGGUGUCUGGAAGGACAAUCCGUGGAUUCCAAAGAUAUCGACGCCAUGUUUCAGCUGUAUUUCCGCGAGUACGCCGGUCUCAUUCCGAUUCUCGAUCCUACACUUCCACCGAACGGAUAUUACAACCUCUCUCCAUUACUCUUUUGGGCUAUCAUCGGGGUCUCGUGUCGUACCUAUUCGAGAAACCCAACCUUAAUCUCUAUUUUGCCAGCCAAGAUCAAGACUAUGGCGUUGAUGUCGCUCAACGCGACCAUCACUUUGCCCGUUGUGCAAGCCUUGCUGCUGAUCCUGUAUUGGCCGUUCCCGAAAUCAGGCAACGGACACGACAUGACCUACCCGCUUAGUGCUGCCGUGUUACACAUGGCCAUGCAAAUCGGAUUGCAUGUUCCAGUCGCAAGUCACGAGUUCUGCAAAAACCCGGUCAAACUUACCGAAGACGAACUGAAGAUUCGUGCCGAGACUUGGGGAUACUGUACACUUGUCUACCAGCGGGGCUGCUGCUUCAAAGGAAGCCCGCCGACACCGAUGCUGGAUGUGCCGCACGAUCUCGAACAGCGACGCGCGCUCUUUCAGAGGAUAUCGUCAAACUUGAAGUUUGAAUUGAAAUUGCAGGAUGUGGUCACGAGGUGCUGCAUUGCCGUCUCGCAAAACGGGCUCUGGAGAAUGACUGCAGACCAAGAAAGGUCGCUGGAUUCGCUAUUGAGCAUCUUUCAGGCGCAGAUAUCCAGUGUUGCAUUGGAGCCUUCUUCUGACCUUGACCAACUCUACGUGAACAUUGCAACGCUCAUAAUCCAUGCCUUCAACUUAUACAAGUCCCCCACGGCCCACGACCCGAGUACGCUUUACGACCUCUGUGCGUCGUGUUGCCAGGUGAUUGAGUCCUUCGACAAGUUGGACAAGUCCGGGCAGGUUUGUCUAUCUGGUGCGGGGCUGUACUUCUUUUAUAGCUUGAUGGUGACCUGCCACGUGCUCUUACGGCUGCUCAAGACCUCUCUCAGCCGGUACAUCGACGUUGAGAGGGCCAAGACCGCGCUCUUCUUGGGGAUCAGCCUACACAAACGCAUGUCGGUGCAGAAUGAUGAUCUGCCAGCUCGCAACGGUGUUGCUUUGACCCAGCUCUGGAAUAGUACUCGCGUCUUCAAGAGACCUAACGGGACUGAGGUGAUUGCGUUACGUAUCCGGAGCCGUCUGAUUGGCAGUGUCGUUUUGGAUGGUAUUGUCUGGUGGAGGGAAGAGUUUGGGGGUUUCAUGGGUGUCUAUCCGCCCCCUCUUAGUGACAAUCGGACAGAGGGCACUGAGGCCGCCAACGACUCGAAUUCGGCUGCUCCGGAUGAUGGCUCGAUGCCGGUGGCAGCGAAGCCCGAUUACUCGACCUUCUUGGACGAUCCGAUGCUGACCGAAUUUGGCUGGCCUGUCACAGACGACGUCUUCUCUUCUAUAUGGACCGACGGUCCGAUUGCCACGAUAUGAUUGGGGUAAGGAAGAAUGUAUGAAUAACAUGUUUCGGGCAUUGGGUAUUGUUACGAUACGAAUCAAAGCGGCAGAGUUUGGAUUUCGGUUGAUUGGGGAAAGGAGAGGCGAGGACUCUAAUACUGACGCGACGAUUACACACCGAUAGUUUGCAAAUCCAGCAGCGCUCCAUUUGGAGCAGCAAUUGACGCCUCUCAGUCCCUCUUCGCUUCCCUAGCUGUCUCGUCGUCCUACCAUUUCUGCUCAAAGAUUCCGAUCCACUCCCCCCAUCCGCAAAUCUUGCCCUGCAUCUCUCUGAGCACGUCGUCCCUGGUGGCCACGGGCUUCAUCUUCUUGGUGUCCAAGCUGUCCUUCAAGGCCACCACCUGGAAAAAGUACCUAUGCUCGCC